AUGACGAACCUCAAGCGCAAGGGCUCGUCCAUGGUCAAGCCUGACCCAGCCAGGUCCACCAAGAAGAACAAGGACUACGCCCCAAUCCUCAACAACCAGGGAUGUCACGUCAUCAACGCCAGAAACCCUUAUAACAAUGUCGAGGAAGUUGACCAAGCUCUGGCCAAAUUGCAGGAGGAAGCAAGGAUUCUCACACAGACAUUUGCCGAGGUCGAUACUGACGAACGAGCCAUAACCAAGCAGAUGGACCAACGCCUUCGCCAACAGCUUCAGCCAACCGAUACUCCAAGCCGCACCGACACAGCCAACAAUGGUCAAUCCGCUGGCCAAACCGUGGCCCAGCCACAGAACAAGCAGCCCGUCGAUAUGGCCAUCGCCAUCGCAGGUAUGUUCGACAUGUACGAAGCAGCCAUCGUAGGCAGGAUCACCCACCAGGACUCCGCCAAGGGUAUGACCAACUGGAAGGCCAACAUUUACACUUUCGCCGAGCAGUUCAUCCAGGAUCAAGCUGAGCCAAAGCCCCAGCAAGAGGCACCGCCUGCCUACUUACAUCCUGAAGAAUACAAGUCCAGCCUGCUUCAGAACGCCAGCAACGCCUAUCCUUUCGAAGCACAGCGUAAUGAACAAACGGUCGCCAAGCCCACGCCUGCGCAGCCGUCAGCCACCAGCCACCACAAGGUGAUGGCUAAGCCGUCGCCCAGCGCGACCGUCAACAACAAAGCAAUGCAGCGAGCCACCGAGAGUUCCCAGUUCUGGAAAGCCGUGGCCAACGCACUGGCUAGCUAUCUGAAAGCUAACAGCAUUGACCAAACCGCCAGCCUUGAUGAUGUUGAGUCCGCGCCCAAGGGAUGGUCAUACUUUAGAGCCAACAAGAAGACCUACGUGUUGCCGCAGGCAAUUGGCCUCGCAGUCUACUACAUGUACAAGCAGCACUUCCAGGAAGGAGGCCUGCAGAUGUUCAACGCCGACACCAUUCUGAGCAUGUUAGAGGUGCCUGUGAUUAACGACGCGGUCAUCACGCAUACGAAGGGCACUAUGAACGCGAUGAUCCCCGCCAUUGACAAGGCCUACCUGGUGGCCAAAGAAACCUACGCUGCGACCGGCAAAGCCGGCGACAUGGGCAUCACUAUCGACGCUGACAAGGUCGAGUACGUGACCCGACAAGUAGCUGUCUACAACAGAUGGUUCAAGAGACCUGGCUGCGACAUCACAAGCUGGGUUACCCUCUACAACAAGCCUAACCUCAUGGCCAAGGAAAUGGAGUCCGUGGACUUCGCCCAAGCGUGCCUCGACCUGGACCUCACUGUCAACAAAUCCAUCAUGCCACGCGAAAUGGAGGGAGCGCGGCCGCAAGCGCCCGAGAUCCUGUGGUUGAAAAGGCGUCGCGACAACCAAAUAGCCAAACAAUAG